GCUAAAAUGUCGGUGGAAGACUCCUGGGUUUUCGAUUCGCUCGUGUGCUUCCUGCACGGGCCCAUUUGGAAUGCUCCGCUCCAGACGUUCAUAGAGCAAAAGUCCUUAGUCUUCGAUCCCAACCAGCAGUUGGAUGAGAACAAUCCGGACAUACUGCAGAUACACGAGGAAUACAAGAAUCUGGUGGACUACAUGCUGGGCAGCUUCAUGGAGGAGAUGCAGAUAUCACCGGAGCAGUUCGAAAUGGCCUGUCUGGAGGGUAGGCAGCAGGGUCAGGGCGAGAAUCCCUUUCAUUUCCACCAGGUGCUUUUCCAGCAGAUAUGGGCCGCCAACGAUCUGAAGAUAUUCAUACGCAUGAUGACGCAACGCAACGUGGAACUACAGUUGCAGGCCCUGGAUCUCAUAGAGAAAAAUCAAUUAGCCCAUGGUGGCGCCGAGGAGGGGGACGACCGCAGUGCGGACGCGAGCUCGGAUCCAGGGGAUACCGCCUCCGAGGUGGAGCAAAUGAUAGCCAAGACGGUGUCUGACGAACUGGAGAGCCCCGAAGCGGCUCCAGAGCAGGAGCCCAAUCUGGAGCUGGUCAACGACAAGUUCCAGCGCCUGAAUCUGUUCUUCGAGCAGGAGGAUCGCGUGGACCCCAGUGAUGUAGUCUCGCGGCAGGAGUACCUGCGCCAACAGCGUGACAAGAUUGUGGAGAUAAAGAAGCAGACGCGUGCAAAGCAACUGCAGGAGACCAUGUCCCGAGGUACUCCACAUGCACCGGAAGGAGCGCGUCCCAGCUCCGCGUUGGUGGCCCAACAGCUUCUCGAGAACGGCGGCCAGACUAAGGAGCUCUCGAUGCCGGCGCCACUGGAAGCUGAGGAGAACGCUGCCCUGCAACUCAGACGCAAUCUUGCCAAGCGCUUGCGCAGCGAAGUGGUUGAGCAGAAGUGAAAGAAAAAGAACGCACUUUUUUCCCUACUAUUCCCAUUUAUUGCAGAUGCUCAGCCAGGAUUAACAACGUGCAUUAGGUAAUGUGGCAUGCAGACUAGUUCGGUUGGUUGAUGCACGGUGUGUGUCGUAUGUUGUACUUGUAACGCCUCCUCUCGUCCAUGUCCACAAACAGCCAACGCAUAGACUGAUUGUUUGUGGGCAUGAUCGAGCGGAUCUAUCAAUUUCCAUUACGCUAUUCCUCAAAAUAAACAUAUUGCUAGUGAAGUGUUUCUCAGAAAACGA